AUGGAUAACCACAGUUUCAGACAAGUUAUGAAUCGUUUGGCUAUCCUACGUAACUCCAACUUUUCUUUAUAUGGACGAACUGGACAGCCGGUUAGAUAUCGUUAUGUUCCUGAUCCAGGCACACUUGAACAACGUCUGUUUAGAGCAGUCACGAGGCCUGUAUUACCUCCUGUGAAUGUGAAUCCGGUGGAGAAGCGUCUACGUAUAAUGGAGGAAAAGCGUUUGCGUCUAGAAAAUAACCCCUACCGUAAAUUUCUAGUUGACAGAGCGAAAGAGGAAUUUUUAAAAAGUCUGGAUGAUAAUAUGGUUUUAGUUUUUCAACAAUUAUAUCAUAAAGCUCGUGAAAUGGUUCCUGUACAGAAUAAGUUAUUUUUGAAGGGAAUGAGGUAUAAAGGAUUCCCACUGUCUAUUAUAAGGGAAGCUGCAAAAGGAACCCGGUAUGAAUUAUUCACGCGUUAUUUUCUCCAUUCUGAUGUUCCCAACACAUAUUUAUUUGCUCAGCCAACACCUGAAAAUUGCCGAGAUGCCAUAAAUAUAACUAAAAAGGUCCACUUUCUCCUAUUACUUGGUGGUAUGGUUAACAACAGAAUUAUGACUGUAAAACAAUUGAAUGAUUAUGCAGCUUUGUCAACCAAGGGAUUAAAUGGUGUACGCAGUGAACUAGUCAUGUUAUUGGAAAAUAAUCGAGGUGGACAGGUUGUAGAAAACUUAAACUAUCAUCAGUCAUUCAUCGUUGGCGGUCUGAAGAAUUUGUCUGAUAGUAUGGAAAGUAAUAAAGCGUCAACCUCUGAGGCAUAA